UAGGAAAAGCUUGAAAAAUAAUUGAAAUGCAAUGUAUAAAUGGACACUUUCUUUAACCUGAAAUUUAAAACAAAAAAACUGAAUAAAAAAUCUAUACAUUUUGGUCAUCUUUCACUACUUUCACAGUUCCUAUUAACAAUGGCGGUGUGAUGAUAUCAGCCAUUCACAUGCUGUACAGCCGCUGUAGCAUCACUCAGCUAACAUUUCAGCUGGCAAGCAAACACUUGCUGAGUUAGUUUCUUCUCAAGUGCAUUUGACAUUUUGAGGAAAAACUGACAUCUCGACAAAAUGUCAAAGACGACAGUAACAUCCGAAACAUGUUUCCACCGGGAGCCUCGAUGACCUGGAGCUCGUGAGGAGAUGUCUCUCAAGUAGCAUUAGCCUGUUAGCUUAGCCUGCCACUUUGCCGGGUACGUUUUGUUGAUUUUGAUAAAUCAACUAAUCGGAGGUGAAGUGUAAAGCUGAAGACUUUUUUCUUUUAAAUCAUCUCAAUAUCAUCCAUGAAGUUGCCCAGUAAUAUUGUCCGACUUUUCUCAUACGCUCGUAGCGGAAAGGAGCACGUGGAUACAGGAAGUGGACAGGAAGUGGACAGGAGGGGGGUGUAAUCAGACACACCUGUGACGGAUCGAGGGGAACAGAGGAGACGGACUGACAGAGGAGUAACGAGGGGACAAGUCUACAUUUGGACCAAUGACAGUGAAACAGAACUUGACACGGCUACAAUGGGAGUUCGUCUGGAGAUCGAGCUUCUUCAUCUGCAAGUGGUUCUGUGAACCUGCUGCAGCCGCUCCGGGUCCAAUGACCGCGGUGGAGGUGAUUGUGAAGCAAGAUGUCUGAAGAAGCAGUCGAGGAGAUGCAGGAGGAAGGUAAGUAAAGGCUUUGAGUGCCUUUACCGUGUUUGUGAAAGCAAAAUGUCACUUUCAAACCUCCACUGCUCGAUGUGGCUGACCUGAUUCUGUCUGCUCAGAGGUAGAAGCCCAGCAAGAGGAAGGUAAGAACCUCUGCUCGCCUUCACGUGUGUGUACAGUCGUGUUUCCGCCGUGUCUGCUGCUGUUACACUGUUGGCUGUCAGUGAUGAAAGCCACCGCGAGGCCGCUGCCUGUCUUUUCUGUUUGAAUGUUAACACUUCAUUUGUCAACAAUGGGCUGUCGCUUCAUGUGUAACUGUCACUUUCCAUCAAAAUGAUCUCAGUCCCAUUUUUAGCACCUGACAAAGGCUGCAUGGAAGAUUUUCUAAAAGUAGUUUUAAAUCAGGCCAUUAUCUAGUCAAUCAGCAUUAUUUGGUUAUUUACAUAAACUACAAACUGUCAUUAUAAAAGCAUCAGUGACUUCACUAAAUUUCACCGGGACAUAUUUUACAUUUUGACUAACAAUGCAUUGUUAAAGAUUGAUUUUGGGAAAUAUGCUUUUUUGCUCUCCUGCAGAGUUAGGCAAGAAAACGUAUGCAUGUAGCUGGAGCGAGCAGCCACCUAGCUUAGCUUACAACGUAAACAGGGGGACCAUGGUCCAAUUACAAAAUCCACCUCCCAGCUCCCUCUCAAGCUUAAAUCAGGUACAAACAUGAGUGGUGUCGAUAUUAUGCUCUCACUUCUGGGAAGCAAUUGAGUGUAUUUUCCAAACCUCUUUAGUUAUUAUGGAGUCACGCCGGCUUGUGACCACUUACAAAUAGGACCCCUCAUCUUGUUUCCAGUGGAAUUCAUACCAAACAGUGAGUUCCCCUCUGAAAACUUUUGUGGUUUGAUUAAAAUAAUAGUUAGAAUUUGUCAAGGAGCUGCAGCAAGGUCAACAAAGGUAAAAUUGUUGUAUAUUUCACUGAAGAAUGCAACACGGGGAAUACAGACUUGUUAGCAGAAUGUUGUUGUUGUUUUUCUCCAUUAAUUAUCUAACACCCCUCAUAUUUAUCUUCUGAAUUGUGGGAGUUGCCCUGGUCCUCUAGGUUGGGAACCAGUAAACUAUUUUUUGCUGCAAUUGUGAAUUGGUAGGUACUUACUUGAGUAAAUAAUCUGAGUACGUCUUUCACCAGUUGUUAGCACUGGAUAAAAAUAAUUUAAAUGGUACAAACUAAACAGAUUUUGCUUUGAUAUGCAAAAUGUUACAAACUGCUCUCAGGCUCAGUUUGUGAUCGGAAAUGAUUCCCCGUUUUAGCUUUGUUCAGAAUGAAUGUCAGAAACCAGCACAGGAUUUUUUUCAGCGCGUCCCAAGAGACGAUAUCACAGUGCUCAGAGACCAAAUCCCGGCCGCGAGCCGUUUGCCAGCGUCUCACUAAUCCAUAUUUUGCUUGCCCAGUCAUGGAGACACUGAAAAAGAAAGAAGAAGUUGCACCUGAAGUAGAAAAGCCAACAGAAGAAGAGUCUCCAGUUGCAGAUGAAGACGACUCAAAACCCAAACCAAAGGCAUUUGCUCCGGCUAUCGCUGGGCCAAAGAUACCUGAGGGAGAAAAAGUUGACUUUGAUGACAUUCAGAAGAAGCGUCAGGAGAAGGAUCUGGCCGAGCUGCACUCUCUGAUUGAGGCCCACUUCAUUCAGAGGAGUAAGGACGAGGAGGAGCUCAUCACUCUCGUUAACAGGAUCGAGAAGCGCCGUGCUGAGAGGGCUGAAACGCAGAGGAUCCGUGCUGAGGAGGAGAAGGAGAGGCAGGCUCGUGUUGCUGAGGAAAAGGAGCGGAAGGAGCAGGAGGAGGCGCGUAAGAGGCAGGACGGGGAUGCCAAGAAGAAGAAAGCUCUCUCAAACAUGACUCAGCAGUAUGGUGGCGUCCAACAAAGGGAUGGAAAAAGAGGAGCUAAGAAGCUGACGGAGCGAGAGAAGAAAAAGAAGAUUCUGUCAGAGAGGAGGAAGCCACUCAACAUCGACAAUCUCACUGAGGACAAACUGAAGGAGAAGGCCAAUGAGCUGUGGCAUUGGCUCAUGACACUGGAGGCUGAGAAGUACGACCUCGGCGAGAAACUGAGGAGACAUAAAUAUGAUAUCAAUGUGCUCCAGACCCGAGUCACCGAGCAGCAGAAGUUAUCAGUUCCCUCCAGGCUCACAUUCAGGACCACCAGAGAUCUUAAGGGCAAAGGUGCGAAAAGGCAACAAAGGAAUGAUGUGAGAGUGCCAAAGGACGAGGCAAGACCAAAAAGGGACCUAGGUAGAAGGGAACCUCGGCGGUUCUCUGAGCAGACGUCUAAUCAAGGAUGCAGCAAAGUUUACUUUGACAACAGCACUGCAAGAACUGGGUGUUUAACAACAAAGACACUUUUGAGUCUUGUGUGGUCUAUGUUAAGUCAGUGUCCAUACUCAUUAAACCAAAUUACCAAAUUUGUUAUGAUUAACUUCCUGUCGUCAUCAUUUAUGAGCUGCCAACAUAAGUAGAAAUGGAAUGUGGCCGGUGUGGCUCAGUGGACAAGAACACUGACUUUGGUGCAGGAGGUUGAGGAUUCAACAACCACCUCAGGGAGAAUUUACGGCAAGUCUUACGAAGGGAGGACGAGUUUGUAUGCAAUACCCACCUUCACCCAACAGACCUAGAAAUGGAAGGUGAUUAUAACAUUGUUGUGUGGCUCAGUGGACAAUAACACUGACUUUGGUUCUGUAGGUCGUGGGUUCAAGACCAAGUCGUGGAGAAUCUGUGGCAAAGGAGAGCUACACAAAGUGUUUUAAGGUCUUUGGAUGAUUUUGUAUGCAAUACCCACCUUCACCCAACAGAGGUAGAAAGGGAAGACGACGAACAACAUUGCUAUGGCUGGUGUGGCACAAUGAACAAGAACACUGACUUUGGAUCAGUAGGUUCGAGGGUUCAAGACCGACUCGCGGAGGAGUGGUAAGACCGUUUAACGGAGGUG